GAGUUGAGCGGAGGGUCGUCGGCGUUAUACCAAGUGCCCGGUGUCUCGUACGCUCGUAACAUUGAAUUUUGUUCAGUCUCUAGGCAGCCUCCGCCCGUAACGUUAUUUCUUUGUUUCCUUAGUCUAGUUACCGUCUUUAUUUUAAUUCGCCUGUCACGCGUGUGUUUUACGUGAGGCUUUCUAUCAAAAUAAUAAAUAAAUACAAAACUAAAUAAAUAAAAAUAACAAAAGUGGACGUGAAAGUUUAUUUAAAAAUAAUAAUUUAAAAAAAUUAACGGCAUGGAUCACAGAGCCGGAUGACACGGGUUUUUGUCAUAAAUAUAUAUACCUAUUUAUAUAUAUACUUAUUUGGUUAUUUAAUAUUUUUAAUAUUAAUUCCAAAGACAAAUUAAUGCUUUUAUUAAAUUUAAAUACGAGGAAUUGAUCUCAGCUAAAAAAUUCAAAUUUCAAGUGUUUCUUUUUUUUUUUUUUAAAUUAUUUGAUUUGUAUCGAUUUAUUUAUUUUUAUAAAUUGUGACAUCAAGUGCAAGUUUGCCUAAAUGUUAAUUUAUAAUCGCAAGUAUUGUAGUUGACUUUUAUUGAUUUUUUGGUUUAGUUUCGGGCGGCGGUGAGAGCGUGACGCGUCUACCGCGGUGGGGGGUGACUCAAUCUCGCAUUUCUGUUUAAAUAAAUAAUAAUAAUAUUUUUUAAAUUAAUAUAAUAAUAAUAUUUACUAGUUAUUUAAUUAAAUAGUUUUAUAAACAAUAAACAAUUUUAUAAUAAUAAUAAUAAGUGAAUUUAUUAUUAUUUCGGAGUAAGCUGUGAUUAUUAAGAUUUCAUACGUAGUUAUAGACGGCGUGUAUUAAAACGAGUGCAAUGAUGGCAAACGGUAUGGAUACGGUUGUGCAACAGAAUGGGGGUUCAAACCUCGGUCAAUCCUCCCAAGAGGAAUCAAAGACAAAUCUUAUUGUCAACUACUUGCCACAGACCAUGACACAGGAAGAGAUACGCUCUUUAUUCUCUAGCAUUGGAGAGGUCGAGAGUUGCAAACUUAUCCGAGAUAAAGUAACCGACUCCACUGCGGCUUUAUCGCUUGCCGGAGAUAUGUUAUCCCCGGGACAAUUUUCUUUUGGACAAAGUUUGGGCUACGGAUUUGUUAAUUACCAUCGGCCAGAGGAUGCUGAGAAGGCAAUCAACACUCUAAAUGGUCUUCGACUGCAAAACAAAACAAUCAAGGUAUCGUAUGCAAGACCGAGUAGCGAAGCAAUUAAGGGUGCAAAUUUGUACGUCAGUGGUUUACCUAAAAAUAUGGCGCAACAGGAUUUAGAAAAUCUAUUCAGUCCUUACGGAAGAAUAAUUACAUCGCGAAUACUUUGUGAUAACAUCACUGUACGACAGUUUGUGACUGGCGGUGGAGACAAUUUACCCGGCCUUUCGAAAGGUGUCGGCUUCAUAAGAUUCGACCAACGUGUGGAGGCUGAGCGUGCGAUCCAGGAGCUGAAUGGGACCAUACCAAAAGGGUCAACCGAGCCGAUCACUGUCAAGUUCGCCAACAACCCGAGCAACAACAACAAGGCCAUACCACCGAUAGCAGCUUACCUGGCGCCACAAGCAAGUCGUCGAUUUGGCGGCCCUAUCCACCAUCCAACCGGCCGCUUCAGGUACAUUCCACUGUCGCCACUAUCCAGCACUGGCAAGGCCAUGCUUGCCAUUAACAAAGGCUUACAGAGGUACAGUCCCCUGGCAGGAGACCUUUUGACAAACUCAAUGCUACCAGGGAAUCCAAUAAACGGUAGCGGAUGGUGCAUCUUUGUGUACAAUCUAGCUCCAGAAACUGAAGAAAACGUACUAUGGCAGCUAUUUGGACCAUUUGGAGCAGUACAAUCAGUUAAAGUUAUUCGUGAUCUACAAACCAACAAGUGCAAAGGCUUUGGUUUUGUAACAAUGACGAAUUACGAAGAAGCCGUUGUCGCCAUUCAAAGUCUAAACGGUUAUAAUCUUGGUACACGUGUACUCCAAGUAAGUUUCAAGACCAACAAAAGCAAGACAGCGUAGGACCCGGAUGAUAAUCAUCAUCAGCAUCAUAAUCAUCACCAUCAUAAUAACAAUAAUAAACAUAAGCAUAAUCAUCACAACCAUCU